AUGCCCGGCCUACUUGACAGUCGAUGGCGAUCUUCCACAAACCACUCCAAAGACAAGGAUAGCAAUGAUCAUGUCGCUGUCCCAAGCUUCGGCUUCACCAUGCCAGUGUUUACGCCCAUCAAGAAGUUGCCGCGAAAGGAAGUUUCAGCACUGCCUCCGACACCGCUCCCCUCGUCAUAUGCAGAAAAGGAUCCAGUUAAGAAGCUGGCCAUUGUGUCUGAGCUUCCUUCUCAGCAGCUCAUGUCUCCCAAAGUCAAGAACGAGUGCAAACCACAGUCCAAGGCUGACAUAGCCGCGGCCACUGCUCGAGAUCGAUUGGAAGAGAUACUGGGGCAACGUCGUAAACGUAUCCUCCCCUCCACUGCCACUGAGGCGGUCGGGAAUGGACUUAGUAUGUCCUAUGGAGGCUAUGCUAAGGUCGAAUUCCAGAAGGAACACUUCGAACUCUGGUGGCAUUCUGAAGUAUAG